AUGUGGCCCCCUAGCAACGGGAGGCUAGUCAUGCUGCGGCUACUGUUUCUAACACUGUUCUGUGCUCUCGCCCUCGACACCGGCUCCUCACAACCACAACUCAUAGAUGUGGUUGACUUAGUCGGGUCGGCAACACACCAUGAUCACCACUUCGAGAAGGGAGGAGGUCAUGAACAUCAUGGUGAACACUAUGCUGAAGGCGGACACAAAGGUGACAAAGGUUAUCUACACAAGCAUCACUUUGACAAAGGGGAUCAUGGGAAACACGGCAAGGACGAACACAGCGGAUACUACCAAGACCACAUGGGCCACAAAAAGAAAUAUCACGACGAAGGAGACGAGUAUGGAGCCCAUCACAAAGGAGAGAAAGGACACAAGACAGCGAAAUUCGGCAAGAAAGGCGGACACAAGAAAGGACACAAGACCAAGGGCUAUCAUAACAAAUUCCAUAAGGACGAAUUCCACAAGGAACACAAAUUCUACGACGACUAUCACAAAGGUGGCCAUCACACCAAACACGGCGACUUCCACGGUGAACAUGGCAAGAAGGAAGGACAUCACAAAAAGGGCAGCCAUCACAAAUCUGCAUACCACGACGACCAUCAUGGCAAGAAAGGUCACCACGACAAAGGGCACUACGUCGAUGAACACAAGGGUUUCAAGGGACAGCAUGGCCACGAGGAACAUCAUGCACACAAAGAAAACUACGGCAAAAAGGGAGGCCACAAGGAAGGCAAGAAGUAUGGCUACACCAGUGGACAUCACUGACAUAUUUAUUUUGUACUGUUUUACAAUGUUUUAUUCCACCGUUUUUUACUCAAGAUCGAAUGUAU